GGCCAGUACUGCGACAUCUGCACUGCCUCCAGCAGCAAUAAGGCGCACCCUGCGAGCCACGCCAUAGAUGGCACGGAGCGCUGGUGGCAGAGCCCACCUCUGUCUCGGGGCCUGGAAUACAAUGAGGUCAACGUCACUCUGGACCUGGGCCAGGUCUUCCAUGUGGCCUACGUGCUCAUCAAGUUUGCCAACUCCCCUCGGCCGGACCUCUGGGUGCUGGAACGCUCCACAGAUUUCGGCCACACCUACCAACCGUGGCAGUUCUUCGCCUCCUCCAAGAGGGAUUGCCUGGAGCGGUUUGGGCCACAGACGCUGGAGCGAAUCACACGGGACGAUGAUGCCAUCUGUACCACCGAGUACUCGCGCAUAGUGCCCCUGGAGAAUGGCGAGAUCGUGGUGUCCUUGGUGAACGGACGUCCAGGAGCCAUGAACUUCUCCUACUCCCCGCUGCUGCGGGACUUCACCAAAGCCACCAACAUCCGGCUGCGUUUCCUGCGCACCAAUACCCUGCUGGGCCACCUCAUGGGCAAGGCGCUGCGGGACCCCACCGUCACCCGCCGGUACUACUACAGCAUCAAGGACAUCAGCAUCGGCGGCCGCUGUGUCUGCCAUGGCCACGCGGAUGUCUGCGAUGCUAAAGACCCCUUGGACCCUUUCAGGCUGCAGUGUGCCUGCCAGCACAACACAUGUGGGGGCUCCUGUGACCGCUGCUGCCCCGGCUUCAACCAGCAGCCAUGGAAGCCGGCCACCACUGACAGCGCCAACGAAUGCCAGUCCUGUAACUGCCAUGGCCAUGCCCAUGACUGUUACUACGACCCCGAGGUGGACAGGCGCAAUGCCAGCCAGAACCAGGACAGUGUGUACCAGGGAGGGGGCGUGUGCAUCAACUGCCAGCAUCACACCACUGGCAUCAACUGUGAGCGCUGUCUGUCGGGCUUCUACCGCUCCCCGGACCACCCUCUGGACUCCCCCCACGCCUGUCUCCGCUGCAACUGUGAGUCGGCCUUCACCGAUGGGACGUGUGAGGACCUGACUGGCCGCUGCUACUGCCGGCCCAACUUCACCGGCGAGCAGUGCAACGCGUGUGCCGAGGGCUUCUCGGGCUUCCCACACUGCUACCCCGUGCCGCCCUCCCACAACGACACCAGGGAGCAGGUGCUGCCAGCUGGGCAGAUUGUGCACUGUGACUGCAGCGCCAGUGGGACCCAGGGCAACUCCUGCCGGAAGGACCCGAGUGUUGGCCGCUGCGUGUGCAAGCCCAACUUCCAGGGUGCCCACUGCGAGCUCUGUGCCCCCGGCUUCUACGGGUCGAGCUGCCAGCCAUGCCAGUGCUCCGGUCCUGGGGUGGCCGACGGCCUCUGCGACCCCGACUCCGGCCGAUGCAGGUGUCGCACUGGCUUUGAGGGGGCUGCCUGUGAUCGCUGUGCCCCUGGCUACUUCCAUUUCCCACUGUGCCAGCUGUGUGGAUGCAGCCCCGCGGGGACCCUGCCCGAAGGCUGCGAUGAAGCUGGCCGUUGCCCAUGCCGACCCGGGUUUCAUGGCCCCUAUUGUGACCGCUGCCUCCCGGGCCACCACAGUUACCCCAACUGCUACGCCUGCGCCUGCGACCCCCGGGGAGCCCUGGAGCAGCUCUGCGGGGCAGGCGGUUUGUGCCGUUGCCGUCCCGGCUAUGCGGGUGCCACCUGCCAGGAGUGCAGCCUUGGCUUCCACGGCUUCCCCACCUGUGUCCCCUGCCACUGCUCCCCCGACGGCUCCCUGCACUCGGCUUGUGACCCCCGGACAGGGCAGUGCAGCUGCCGGCCCCGUGUGACGGGGCUGCAGUGCGACGCAUGUGUGCCUGGCGCCUACAACUUCCCCCACUGCGAAGCUGGCUCCUGUCACCCUGCUGGCCUGGCCCUGGCCAAUCCUACCCUUUCUGAGGCACAGGGCCCCUGUGUGUGCCGGGCUCACGUGGAGGGGCCGAGCUGUGACCGCUGCAAGCCCGGCUUCUGGGGGCUUAGCCCCGGCAACCCUGAGGGCUGCACACGCUGCGACUGUGACCCCAGGGGCACACUGGGUGGCGUUUCUGAGUGCCAGCCGGGCAGUGGCCAGUGCUUCUGCAAGCCCCACGUGUGUGGCCAGACCUGUGCAGCAUGCAAGGACGGCUUCUUUGGGCUGGACCAGGCCGACUACUUCGGCUGCCACAGCUGCCGCUGUGAUGUUGGCGGUGCGCUGGGCCAGGGCUGUGACCCGCGGACGGGCGCUUGCCGGUGCCGCCCCAACACCCAGGGUCCCACCUGCAGCGAGCCCGUGAAGGACCACUACCUGCCUGACCUGCACCACCUGCGCCUGGAGCUGGAGGAAGCAGCCACGCCCGAGGGCCACGCCGUACGCUUUGGCUUCAACCCACUGGAGUUCGAGAACUUCAGCUGGAGAGGCUACGCACACAUGUCGCCCAUCCAGCCCAGGAUUGUGGCCAGGCUGAACGUAACCUCACCUGACCUCUUCCGGCUGGUCUUCCGCUAUGUCAACCGUGGGCCCGCAAGCGUGAGCGGCCAGGUCUCCGUGCGUGAGGCCGGCAAGUCUGCCACCUGCACCAACUGCACAGAGCAGAGCCAGCCCGUGGCCUUCCCGCCCAGCACCGAGCCUGCCUUCGUCACUGUACCCCAGAGGGGCAUUGGGGAGCCCUUUGUGCUGAACCCUGGCACCUGGGCCCUGCUUGUGGAGGCCGAAGGGGUGCUCCUGGACUACGUGGUCCUGCUGCCCAGCGCCUACUACGAAGCAGCCCUUCUGCAGCUGCGUGUGACUGAGGCCUGCACCUACCGACCCUCCGCCCGUCCGUCUGGGGAGAACUGCCUCCUCUAUGCCCACCUUCCUCUGGACGGCUUCCCCUCGGCUGGCGGGCCCGAGGCCCUGUGUCGCCAUGACAACAGCCUGCCCCGGCCCUGCCCCAUGGAGCAGCUCAGUCCUUCACACCCACCACUGGCCGCCUGCCUGGGCAGUGACGUGGACGUCCAGCUCCAGGUAACCGCGCCACGGCCAGGCCACUAUGCUCUGGUGGUGGAGUAUGCCAACGAGGAUGCCCGCCAGGAGGUGGGCGUAGCUGUGCACACUCCCCAGCGGGCCCCCCAGCUGGGAGAGAUCGCCCUGCAUCCCUGCCCAUACAGCACCCUGUGUCGGGGCCCUGUCCUGGAUACCCAGCACCACACGGCCACCUUCUACCUGGACUCGGAGGCCAGUGUCCGGCUCACAGCGGAGCAGGCGCGCUUCUUCCUGCACAGCGUCACGCUGGUGCCCGUGGAGGAGUUCAGCACGGAGUUUGUGGAGCCCCGGGUCCACUGCACGAGCAGCCAUGGCACCUUCGGGCCCAGCAGUGCCUCCUGCCUAGCCUCCCGCUUCCCGAAGCCGCCGCAGCCCAUCAUCCUGAGGGACUGCCAGGUGCUGCCGCUGCCGCCCAGCCUCCCCCUGACUCACUCGCAGGAGCUCACGCCGGGUGCGGCCCCGGCCGGACCCCAGCCUCGGCCCCCCACUGCCGUGGACCCUGACACAGAGCCCACCUUGCUGCGCCACCCCCAGGGCACUGUCGUCUUCACCACCCAGGUGCCCGCCCUGGGCCGCUAUGCCUUCCUGCUGCACGGCUACCAGCCGGCCCACCCCACCUUCCCCGUCGAGGUGCUCAUCAACGGGGGCCGCGUCUGGCAGGGCCACGCCAAUGCCAGCUUCUGCCCACACGGCUACGGCUGCCGCGCCCUGGUGCUGUGCGAGGGCCAGACUGUGCUGGAUGUGACUGACAGUGAGCUCACGGUGACCGUGCGUGUGCCCGAGGGCCGGUGGCUCUGGCUGGACUACGUGCUCGUUGUGCCCGAGGAUGUCUACAGCUCCACCUACCUCCGGGAGGAGCCCCUAGACAAAUCCUAUGACUUCAUCAGCCACUGUGCUGCCCAUGGUUACCACAUCAGCCCCAGCAGCUCGUCCCCGUUCUGCCGGGACGCUGCCGUCUCGCUGUCCCUCUUCUAUAAUAACGGGGCCGUGCCUUGUGGCUGCCACGAGGCGGGUGCCACCAGCCCCACGUGCGAGCCCUUCGGGGGCCAGUGUCCCUGCCGGGCCCACGUCAUCGGCCGCGACUGCUCCCGCUGUGCCACCGGCUACUGGGGUUUUCCCCGCUGCAGACCCUGCGACUGUGGUGCCCGCCUGUGUGACGAGCUCACGGGCCAGUGUAUCUGCCCGCCGCGCACUGUGCCCCCUGACUGCCUGGUGUGCCAGCCCCAGACCUUCGGCUGCCACCCCCUGGUUGGCUGUGAGGAAUGCAACUGCUCGGGGCCCGGCGUCCAGGAGCUCACCGAGCCUACCUGUGACGUGGACAGCGGCCAGUGCAAGUGCAGACCCAACGUGGCCGGACGCCGCUGUGACACCUGUGCCCCAGGCUUCCACGGUUACCCCAGCUGCCGCCCCUGUGACUGCCAUGCGGCUGGCACUGCGCCAGGCGUGUGUAACCCCCUCACAGGCCAGUGCUACUGCAAGGAGAAUGUGCAGGGCCCGAGGUGUGACCAGUGUCGCCUUGGGACCUUCUCCCUCGACGCUGCCAACCCCAAGGGCUGCACCCGCUGCUUCUGCUUCGGGGCCACAGAGCGCUGCAGGAGCUCUGCCCACGCGCGCCAUGAGUUUGUGGACAUGGAGGGCUGGACGCUGCUGAGCACUGACCGGCAAGUGGUACCCCACGAGCGACGGGCGGGGGUGGAGCUGCUGCGCGCAGACCUGCGGCACUUGGCCGACUCCGUCCCUGAGCUGUACUGGCAAGCCCCGCCCUCCUACCUUGGAGACCGGGUGUCGUCCUACGGUGGGGUCCUCCGCUAUGAGCUGCACUCUGAGACCCAGCGUGGAGACGUCUUCAUCCCCACUGAGAGCCGGCCGGACGUGGUGCUGCAGGGCAACCAGAUGAGCAUCACAUUCCUGGAGUCAGCGUACCCUGUGCCCGGCCAUACCCAUCGAGGGCAGCUGCUGCUGGUGGAGGGAAACUUCCGGCACAGGGAGACCCACAGCGCUGUGUCCCGGGAGGAACUCAUGAUGGUCCUGGCGGGCCUGGAGCAGCUGCAGAUCCGAGCCCUCUUCUCGCAGAUCUCCUCAGCUGUCUCCUUGCAUAGGGUGGUGCUGGAGGUGGCCAGCGAGAUGGGCAGGGGACCUCCAGCCAGCAACGUGGAGUUGUGCAUGUGUCCUGCCAAUUACCGUGGGGACUCAUGCCAGGAAUGUGCCCCUGGCUAUUACCGGGAUAUCAAAGGGCUCUUUCUGGGCCGAUGUGUCCCCUGUCAGUGCCAUGGCCACUCAGACCACUGCCUCUCUGGUUCCGGUAUCUGUGUGGGGUGCCAGCACAACACGGAGGGGGACCGUUGUGAGCGCUGCCGGGCUGGCUUUGUGAGGAGCAGGCCUGAGGACCCCUCGGCCCCCUGUGUCAGCUGCCCCUGCCCCCUGGCGGUUCCUUCCAACAACUUCGCGGAGGGCUGCAUCCUGCGAGGCGGCCGCACCCAGUGCCUCUGCAAACCUGGCUAUGCCGGGGCCUCCUGCGAGCGGUGCGCACCCGGCUUCUUUGGAAACCCUCUGGUGCUGGGCAGCUCAUGCCAGCCCUGUGACUGCAGCGGCAACAGUGACCCCAACAUGAUCUUCAGCGACUGUGAUCCCCUGACAGGCGCCUGUCGUGGCUGCCUGCGCCACACCACCGGCCCUCACUGCGAGAGCUGUGCCUCUGGCUUCUACGGCAACGCCCUGCUGCCCGGCAACUGCACCCCAUGCGACUGCUCCCCAUGCGGCACGGAAGCUUGUGAUCCCCAGAGUGGCCGCUGCCUGUGCAAGGCAGGCGUGACUGGGCGUCGCUGUGACCACUGCCAGGAGGGGCACUUUGGUUUUGAAGGCUGUCAGGGCUGCCGCCCUUGCGCCUGUGGACCAGCUGCUGAGGGGUCCGAGUGCCACCCCCAGAGUGGGCAGUGCCACUGCCGGCCAGGAGCUGGGGGACUCCAGUGUCAUGAAUGUGCCCCUGGCCACUGGGGGCGCCCGGAGCAGGGCUGCAGGCGGUGCCAGUGUCCAAGAGGCCACUGCGACCCCCACACAGGCCGCUGCACCUGCCCACCAGGGCUCAGCGGGGAGCGCUGUGACGCCUGCAGCCAGCAACACCAGGUGCCCGUGCCAGGCAGCCCCAGGGGCCCGGGCGUCCACUGCGAAGUGUGUGACCACUGUGUGGUCUUGCUCCUGGACGACUUGGAGCAGGCCGGUGCCCUCCUCCCUGCCAUCCGCGAGCAGCUGCGUGGUGUCAAUGCCAGCUCUGCAGCCUGGGCCCAGCUACAUAGGCUGAAUGCCUCCAUCACCGACCUCCAGGGCCAGCUCCGGAGCCCACUGGGCCCCCGCUACCAGGCAGAGCAGCAGCUGCAGACCCUGGAGCAGCAGAGCCUGGACUUUGAGCAGGAUGUACAGCGGCUGAGCAGCCAGGCCACAGGGGCCCAAGACCGGGCAGGCCGGCUGCUGGACAGUGCCGAGGGCAUGCUGGACCGGGCACAGACACUGUUAGUGACUGUCCAGGCUGUGCACCAUGCUCUGAGCGAGCUGGCAUCCCAGGUGGACCACGUGUUACCAGCCAACGCCUCAACACCAUCGGGUGAGCAGCUGCGCCGGACCCUGGCAGAGGUGGAGAAGUUCCUGCAGGAGAUGCGGGCCCGCGACUUCCAGGCCCCCCAGGCAGCAGCAGAAACUGAGCUGGCCGAGGCGCAGCGGCUGCUGGCCCGUGUGCAGGAGCAGCUGACCAGUCGCUGGGAGGAGAACCAGGUGCUGGCUAAACGCAUCCGCGACCGGCUGGCUCAGCACGAGGCUGGCCUCAUGGACCUGCGGGAGGCCCUGAACCGGGCAGUGGGCACCACUCGGGAGGCUGAGGAGCUCAACAGCCGCAACCAGGAGCGGCUGGAGGAAGCCCUGCAACAGAAGCAGGAGCUGUCCCAGGACAAUGCCACCCUGAAGGCCGCUCUGGAAGCUGCCAACCGCACCCUGGCCCGUGUCUCUGAGCUUUUGCAGGGCAUGGAGCGGGCCAAGCAGGACCUGGAGCACCUCGCUGCCAGCCUAGAUGGGGCCCGGACCCCACUGCUGGAGAAGAUAGGAACCUUCUCCCCAGCCGGCAGCAAGGUGGACUUGGUGGAGACUGCUGAGGCCCACGCAGAACAGCUGGACCAGCUGGCGCUCAACCUGUCCAGCAUCGUCCUUGGUAUCAACCAGGACCGUUUCAUUCAGAGGGCUGUGGAGGCCUCCAACGCCUACAGCAGCAUCCUGAAGGCCAUGCAGGCUGCCGAGGAAGCCGCGAGCCGAGCCUGGCAGCAGGCGAGCCGCACGUGGGAGGCUGUGGUGGAGCGGGGGCUGGUGGCACAAACCCAGCAGCUGCUGGCCAACAGCAGUGCCCUGGAGGAGGCCGUGCUCGGGCAGCAGCGGAGGUUGGGCCUCAUGCGGGUCACGCUGCAGGAUGCCAGGACUCAGCUCCAGGAUAUCCAGGCUGCAAAGGACCAGCUUAUGGCCCGAAUCCAGGAGGCGCAGGCCAUGCUGUCCAUGGACACAGAUGAGACAAGCAAGAAGAUUGCCCACGCCAAGGCCGUGGCUGCCGAAGCCCAGGACACGGCUGCUCGAGUGCAGUCCCAGCUUCGGGACAUGCAGAGGAACCUGGAGCGGUGGCAGGGCCAGUUUGGGGGCCUGCGGGGUCAGGACCUGGGCCAGGUGGUGCUUGAUGCAGGCCGCUCAGUGUCCUCCCUGGAGAAGACGCUGCCGCAGCUGCUGGCCAAACUGAGCCUCCUGGAGAACCGCAGUACACACAAUGCCAGCCUGGCCCUGUCCGCCAGCAUCGGCCGCGUGCGGGAGCUCAUCGCGCAGGCCCGGGGCGCUGCCAGCAAGGUCAAGGUGUCCAUGAAGUUCAAUGGACGCUCAGGGGUGCAGCUGCGCACCCCACGGGACCUGGCCGACCUUGCUGCCUACACCGCCCUCAAGUUCCACCUGCAGAACCCCGAGCUGCCAGAGCCCGGGCAGGAGGCCGGGGACCGCUUUGUGCUGUACAUGGGCAGCCGCCAGGCCACUGGGGACUACAUGGGCGUGGCUCUGAGGAACCAGAAGGUGCACUGGGUGUACAGGCUGGGAGAUGCCGGCCCCGUGGCCCUCAGCAUCGACGAGGACAUCGGGGAGCAGUUUGCAACCGUCAGCAUUGACAGGACCCUCCAGUUUGGCCACAUGUCCAUCACCGUGGAGGAGCCAGUGGUCCAGGAGACUAAGGGGGACACCGUGGCCCCUGGGAUGGAGGGGCUGCUCAGCCUACAGCCUGACGACUUUGUCUUCUACGUGGGCGGGUACCCCAGCAGCUUCACGCCCCCUGCACCCCUCCGCUUCCCCGGCUUCCGGGGCUGCAUUGAAUUGGACACACUGAACGAGGAGGUGGUCAGUCUCUAUAACUUCGAGAGGACCUUCCGGGUAGACACGGCUGUGGACAGGCCUUGUGCCCGCUCCAAGUCAACAGGGGACCCAUGGCUCACGGAUGGGUCCUACCUGGAUGGCACCGGCUUUGCCCACAUUAGCUUCGAGAGACAGAUCAGCACCACAAAGCGCUUUGAGCAGGAGCUGCGGCUCGUGUCCUACAGCGGCAUCAUCUUCUUCCUGAAGUACCAGAACCAGUUCCUGUGCCUGGCAGUGGUCAGAGGCAACCUCGUGCUCCUAUAUGACCUGGGCAUGGGUCUCAAGGAGGCCGUUCCGCUGCAGCCACCUCCACCCCUGACUACAGCCAGCAAAGCGAUCCAGGUGUUCCUGCUGGCCGGCAGCCGCAAGCGCAUGCUGGUGCGUGUGGAGAGGACCACGGUGUUCAGCGUGGAGCAGGACAACACGCUGGACUUGGCCAGUGCCUACUACCUGGGGGGUGUGCCGCCUGAGCAGCUGCCCCCAAGCCUGCAGCGACUGUUCCCCUCCGGGGGCUCCAUCCGUGGCUGCGUCAAGGGGAUCAAAGCUCUGGGCAAAUACGUGGACCUCAAGAGGCUGAACACCACAGGCGUCAGCUCUGGCUGCACUGCAGACCUGCUGGUGGGACGCACCAUGACUUUCUAUGGCCAUGGCUUCCUGCCGCUGGCGCUGCCUGAUGUGCCGCCCCUCACCAGCAACAUCUACUCCGGCAUUGGCUUUCGCAGCACCCAGAACAACGGUCUGCUCUACCACCACGCAUCCCCGGAUGGGCUGUGCCAGGUGUCCCUUCAGCAAGGCCACGUGACACUGCGGCUCAUGAGGACAGAGCUGAAGACACAAGGGGUCUUCAGCGAUGGUGCCCCCCACUAUGUGGCCUUCUACAGCAACACCACAGGGGUUUGGCUGUACGUGGAUGACCAGCUGCAGCAGAUGAAGCCACACCAGGCGUCCCCUCCCAGGCAGCACCCACCUGAGGAGCCCCCCCAGCUCCUCCUGGGGGGUCUGUCCGAGUCCGCCGCCUCCUUCCGCAACUUCAGCGGCUGCAUCAGCAAUGUCUUUGUGCAGCGGCUCCAGGGCCCACAGCGCGUGUUUGACCUGCAGCAGAACCUGGGGGCUGUCAAUGUGAGCACAGGCUGUGCCCUGGCCCCACUCUCCCGGAGCCCGGGCCCGGGCGCUCGCGGCCUGCGGGCUGUGGCUCAGAAGGCCUCCCGCCGCAACCGCCAGCCCAGGCAGAACCCUGAGUGUGCGCCACCUCUGCACGUCAGGGUGACUCAAGACGCCUUCCAGUUUGGGGGUCCCCUUCCCAGUUACUUGGAAUUUGCAGGCAUCCUGGACCCCCACAGGGACCGGUUCCACCUCUCGAUGCUGGUCCGUCCUCGCGCCCCCCAGGGCCUCCUGUUGUUUGCUGCCCCCCUGGCAGCCGGCAGUGCCUCCCUGGCUGUCUUCCUGAGCCACGGACGGUUUGUCGCACAGACACAAGGGCCUGGGCCCCGCCUGCGCGUCCAGAGCCGCCAGCGCUCACGGGCUGGCAGGUGGCACACGCUCUCUGUGCGCUGGGAGGAGCGUCAGCUCCAGCUCCUGACAGACGGUGUCCGAGCGUGGAGCCGGGAAAGGCCCCGCCCGUCCAGCCCAAGUGCAGCAGCCCCUCAGCCCCAUACCCUCUUUGUGGGGGGCCUCCCAGCUGGCAGUCGCAGCUCCCGCCCACCGGUGGCCACCGGGUUCAGUGGCUGCGUGAAGAGACUGCGGCUGGACGGGCGGCCCUUGGGGACCCCCACGCGGAUGGUGGGGGUCACGCCCUGCAUCUCAGGCCCCCUGGAGAGUGGCCUGUUCUUCGCAGGCGGUGGAGGAGUUGUCACUCUAGAACCCCCCGGCGCCACACUGCCCGAAGUGAGCGUGGAGCUGGAGGUUCGGCCCUUGGCAGCCAGCGGGCUGAUCUUCCACCUAGGCCGGGCCCAGGGCACCCCCUACCUGCAGCUGCAGGUGUCCAAGAAGCAGGUAUUGCUGCGAGCCGAUGACGGCGCAGGUGAAUUUUCCACGUGGGUGACACGCCCUGUAGCACUGUGUGACGGGCAGUGGCACCGACUGACAGCCGUGAAGGGCAGGAACGGGCUUCGGCUGGAGGUGGACACUCAGAGCAACCGCACUGUGGGCCCCUCGGCGGCGGCUGCAGCUGGCGGCCCAGCACCUCUGCACCUCGGGGGCUUGCCUGAGACCACAGGUGCAGAGUCGGGGCUACCUGCCUACCGAGGCUGCAUGAGGAAGCUGCUGGUGAACCGGUCCCCCGUCACCGUGACUCGCUCUGCAAGCGUCCAGGGGGCAGUCGGGGCCAGUGGCUGUCCGGUCACAUAGUACGGGGCGCCGGGCAGGUGCAGUGGCAGGCGGGCCGGGCCGUGUCCCCAGCGCCACAGUGGGCCUCAGCGGCCCUCCCUGCACUGCUGUAUUCAGUAGGUCUCGUAGGCAGCGCUGUGGGUAUUUAUCUAGACUAGAUUCUCCGGGUGACAGGUCUCAUUUCUGGAAAUGGAUUAAAUUAUCUUUUUAAACGAAAGGGUAGGAUACUGUAAAGUGGGCUUUUAUACUUGUACCUCCCUCCCACCAGUUUCUGGCAGUAUGAGACGUCUACCAGCACUGGUGCCUUCUCAAGACAAAAAUAAAGUACCCUGUUCAACUGA